AUGGGCCUCGAGGACCUGGGAUACCGGCCUGAGCUGAAGCGCAACUUUUCAAAACUAGAGACGUUUGGCGUCGCAUUCAGCAUCAUGGGCGUCGUGCCGUCUAUCGCUUCGACAAUUUGGUACAACUUGCUGACGUAUUGGCCGUAUGGCGGCCCAGUGUCAAUGGUGUGGGGCUGGCUGGUCGCAGCAGGCCUGAUCAGCUUUAUCGGGUUCGCAAUGGCCGACUUGGCGAGCUCGAUGCCGACUUCGGGUGGCUUGUAUUACUGGACACAUCGCCUCGCACCGCCCAAGUACCAGAACUUUCUGUCGUGGUUUGUCGGAUACAACUCGUUCCUCGGUAACGUGGCAGCCAUCUCGUCGCUCGGCUGGGCAUGCUCGGGCAUGAUCUUUGCAUGUGCCUCCAUUGCCAACGAGAACUUUUCACCCUCCAUCGGCGCACAGGUCGGCCUUUACAUUGGCAUUCUGGUGUCGUGCGGCAUCUUUUGCGCAUACGGCACAACGCUGUUCGCCCGUCUUCAGACGCCGAGCGUCGUCCUCAAUGUUGCACUUGCCCUCGUCACCAUCAUCGGUCUCCCAAUUGCCCGGCGUGGUGAACUCAACUCGGCCAAAUUUACUUUCGGGGGAUGGGAGAACCUCACGAGCUGGCCAAACGGGUUCGCAUUCCUCCUCUCCUUCAUGGCACCAGUGUGGACAAUCUGUUCCUUUGACUGUGCUGUUUCUAUUUCCGAGGAGGCGUCCAACGCCUCCAUUGCUGUUCCCGCUGCAAUUGUCGGCGCAAUCUCCUCGGCAGGCAUUCUCGGCACACUCAUCUUAAUCAUGAUCGCACUGUGUAUGGGUCCCUCAGUGGCGGCCGUCAACGACAGCGCAAUCGGCCAACCCCUCGCCUACGUCUACCUCAUGGCAUUUGGGCAGAAAGGCUCUCUUGUCAUCUGGGCUCUAAUCUGCGUAUCUCAAGUAAGCAUGACGGCGUCUCUUAUCCUCCCGUCUUCCCGACAAGCUUUUGCCUUUGCUCGCGACGGUGCACUCCCUUUCAGUCAAUACUUCCACCACAUCGACUCGUGGGCCGGCACCCCCGUCCGCACCGUCUGGCUAGUGAUUGGAGCGGCGAUUCCACUAGGUUUCCUAGGCUUUGCCGAUCCCGAAAACCAAGCGGCCAUCAACGCCAUCUUCGCUCUAGCAAUCAUGGGCCCAUACGUCGCCUACGGUAUCCCGAUCUUUGCACGCAUUUUCUGGAAACGCACAUUCAUCCCUGGUCCUUGGUACCUUGGCCGUGCGUCUGUUCCCGUCGCAUGGGUCGCGGUCGUGUGGAUGGUUUUUGCAUUCAUCCUCUUCUCUUUCCCCGGUGACAAGAACCCUUCGCCCGGAGAGAUGAACUAUGCCAUCGUCGUGACGGCGGGCGUGUGGCUCUUCGCUACAGUCUUCUGGUACACCAGCGGCAGGCACUACUUUACUGGUCCACGAACCGAGGACUUGUCAGAUGAAAUCGCCGCAGAUUUCGCCACAAAGGCCGGCGUCGAACAUACCCAGGACCCCAACAAGACCAGUGCAACCGUUACUGUCCAACCAGUCGACGACGAUAGCGAUGACGGUAAGGGCAAGGAUGUCCUCCGCGACAUUGGUGAGGUCAACUAG